AUUGAGCAUGUGCCUGGAAGCAGCUUCACGUGUUCUUAGAAAAUUUAUUAUUUGCUCGUGAUAAAUUAAUUAAUUCUUGAUGUUUCUUCUGAUGAAUAGCUAGAUGUUCCAAACCCUGCCAUGGACGACGUACACAUGAAGGUGAGAAAGCUCGACGCUUUCCCUGAGGGGAAAGAGUGCUGUCUUUGCCACUCGAGUGAAGCUGACGAAAGUACACUUGGUUGGAUAUAUACUAUGUUGAUAAGUGGAUGCCGAUCAGUUGAUGAUGAGGACUUUUCGGAUAUUACAGUUCACUUCUUUUGUCUGUUAAUGGCAUCCAGACUUAGACCAAGAGGGAGUGAAAGACACGGUCUCAUGGGAUUUUUGCCUCAGGACAUUUACAAAGAAAUCCAACGUGGAGAAUCACUGAAAUGUACAUAUUGUAAGAAAACGGGAGCUACAGUCAACUGCUGCGUAAAAGAUUGCACUGUCAAAUUUCAUUUUACCUGUGGCAUCAAGAAUCAUUCGAUGCACAAUUACAAACACAUCAAGUCUUAUUGUGUAAGACACAGGCCUAAACAAUAUCUGCCGGAAUCUAUGAAAACUUCAUUGUCGGACACAGAUAACGAUUGUAUUCUGUGUUACGACUCUAUAUCUGCAAAUGAUGAGAUGACUUUUAUUUGGCCUACUUGUUGCAAACCUACUGCAUUACUACACAGGCAAUGCCUUCAGCGAAUGGCACUUAAUUCGGGUUUCUAUUUCAAAUGCCCGUUUUGCAGCAAUAGGAGAGAGUUUUGCCAUACUGUGAAAGAACGAGGUGUCUACAUUCCUCUACAGGCUGCUUCAUGGGAAAGAGAGCCAAAUGCUUAUCAGGAAUUGAACAGUAGUUUAAAAUGUGAAGCAGAGCGUUGCCUCUGUGAUAAAGGGCGAGAAUUCAAAAAGAAAAAUUCACGAUGGGAAUUGAUUCCAUGCGCUUCGUGUGGUGGAAACGGCAUUCAUUUGGAAUGCGCUAAUUUAUGGACAGACAGAAAAUACAACCGCAAUACUAUCAACACGUAUUGGGAUUGUUUUAUGUGCUGCCGGUUAGCAAAAGGUGGCAAUGGUGAACAAGAAGCACAUGCACAACUGUCAAACACAUCCCAUCAGGUUACUGUAAUUGAUGAUGACUCGGAUGACACUGAUGAUGAUGUACUCAUCGUGGAGAACGAAAAGGAAGAACACCCAGUACCUUUGCGUACUGACUCUAUAGGACAAGGACAAACGGAAACUGUUCAGGUGGACCCUUCAAUUCCCAUUACUAUUCCAAUUCCAGUUCCAGUUCCAAUUCCAAUUUAUCUACCCUAUGAAUUCAAUAUUGUGGAACCUCAUGGAUUGGGAAGUAGUGUCAGUCAAAGACCUGAUAACAGCAGUAUGCCUGGAUGCAGUACUGCCAGAAGUACACCUGGAUGCAGCAGUAGAAGAUUAUCGUUGAGCGAGAAGUUUAACAAUUUAUUAAAAAGUUCAGUUCAUUCACGCAGACUUCAAGUUGAUAUGGACUUGGAGUAUGUAUUACCAGGAAGUAGUACUGUAAAAAAACUUGAAAGUGGUACGGCUAUCAGAGGUCCUGGGUUAAGUAGUAUUUUCAAGAGACUUGCAUGUCGUCAUUUGAACAGAGGGCCUGGAGGUAGUUCUGCGAUAAGAGGGACUGGAGGUAGUUCUGCGAUAAGAGGGCCUGGAGGUAGUUCUGCGAUCAGAGGGCCUGGAGGUAGUUCUGUCAUCAGUGCGCUUGGAGGCGGUGUUGGUAUCAGAAGGCCAGCAGGUAGUUCUGCGAUCAGAGGGCCUGGAGGUAGUUCUGCGAUCAGAGGGCCUGGAGGUAGUUCUGUCAUCAGUGCGCUUGGAGGCGGUGUUGACAUUUAG